AUGGUCAGAAUCGAGACUUGCUACUUCUGUAGCCGACCGGCUUAUCCUGGCAAGGGUAUCACAUUUAUCCGCAACGACGCCAAGCAGUUUCGCUUCUGCCGCUCGAAAUGCCACAAGAACUUCAAGAUGAAGCGCAACCCGCGUAAGCUGGCGUGGACAAAGGCCUUCCGCAAGGCCGCUGGCAAGGAGAUGACUGUCGACUCGACCCUGCAGUUUGCCCAGCGCCGCAACGUCCCUGUGCGGUACAACCGCGACUUGGUCCAAAAGACCCUCAAGGCCAUGGAACGUAUCCAGGAAAUCAGAACCAAGCGCGAGAGAGUCUUUUACCGCAAGCGCAUGGCCGGCAAGCGUGCCAGAGAGCUCGCCGACGCCCGCAAGCUGGUCCAGACCCACAGCCACCUUUUGCCCAGACUGCGCGGCAGCGAGAAGAGGAGAUUGGCGCUGGAACAGGGCCUCAGCCAGGAGGAGAUUGCCCGCAUCGAGGAACAGAACAUCUUGCCCACCGAGACCAAGAAGGUCUUUGGCAAGGAGAAGAUGCGCCAAAAGGUCAGGACGGACGGCGGCGUCGAGUUCGCCCCCGAGGAGGCCGACGAGACCAUGGAGGUCGACUCCGAGUAA